AAGGCGCAUGCGCAGAACUAAAUAUAAAGAGCCAAAAACGCAGCCUCAGAGAGACGAGCAGCGAUUUUUCAGUCAUCUUGCUGUUACUAUAGGCUGUACAUUCAUUGAUAGCUAAUGCUAGUGGCUAAUGCUAGUGGUUAUUCGUAGAUCACAAUAAAUUGACGGUGCGGAACUACUUUUGGACGACCCGUUCAUGACUUGCACAUCUUAAAGUGACCAAGCAAGCGGCGGGACUUCAGUGGAAGCAGCACGAGCGGUUCGCUUAUCUGGAAGAACAAGAAGGGUCCAAUCUGUAAGGAGAUCACUUUUUCAAAGAAUGGAGAAGGCUGCCAUCACCACCUUGUCAUCCAUGCAUGUGAACAAUGUUAAAGAUGUCCACCAGCAGCUGCGGGCCCUUGCCGAGCAGAGGGAUCCAAAGCCCCCCCACAUUAACAAAAAAGAGGACAAUCAAGCUAAAGGACAAUACGUGACGAAGGCUUUGCAACAUCAAUUAAAAGGUCAGGUCGAGGCGCCAGCUAACUGCUCAACAACACAAGCUCAUAAAGACCAGUUGUGGGGAUCGGAGCCAAAAGGCCCCACGAGUCCACAUUCCCAAGCUGAUCCCGACACGGGGUCGGACUCUUCCGAGAGUGACGACACCGACGGAGGAGAAGAACCCUCCGAGAGUAAAAGCGCCUCUGGAGGUGUCAAUAACAAUUUUAAAAUUAUCUGCGUCGUUUGUUGUGAACGAUUCCAACUCAUGGGACACUUGCGGCAACACUUGGAGACACACAUGACAAUACACACAACAGCCAGUGGAGAAAAAACAUUUGAGUGUGUAUUUUGUGGGAAAACAUUCCCAAAUAAGAGGAAAAUUACCUCACAUUUUAGAGUACACGCUAUGGGAAAACCAUAUUCGUGCUCAGUUUGUGGCAACGCAUUCAUUAAAAGUAAUCUUCUGAAAAAACACAUGAGAAUACAUUUAGACGACGCGCCUUUUAUCUGCUCAAUUUGUGGCAAAGGAUUAAAAAGUAAGUACAGUUUGGACGGCCACAUGAGGACACACACCGGAGAAAAACCAUACGAGUGUCCGGUGUGUAAUAAGCGCUACCAUACGCCGAUAGCUUUAUUUAAUCACAAGAAUAAGCACAGUAAAGACAAACACUUUACUUGCUCAGUUUGCGCUCGCAGUUUCUCUCAAAAGAGCAAUUUGAUGAAACACAUGAUGUUGCACACUGGAGAAAAACCUUUUUCUUGCUCGGCUUGCGGUGCACGUUUUACUCAAAAGGGACAUUUAAUGGCACACUUGAAAAUACACGAAAGUAUGAAACCGUACACGUGCGGCGUGUGCGACAAAACGUUCUCACGUUUACAGCAAGCUGAAAAACACACAUGUACCGGCGGGAACGGCGGCGGUAAAUGAGGGGCUUGAGUUUAUAAUAGUCCGGGAUGGGAACCGACGACGACAAGCAUUUGUGGUGUGGCAUGUUAGCAUGGACACGGUCACAUUGUGACAUCAGAGGACAUUUUUUUCUUUGUAUAUUUUUUUUCUACUGUUGCUUUUGUAUUGUAAUUUGUUGAAGUGAGACGUUAAACGUGUCCAUGUUGUCAUAUCUUGCAGGUUAUGUAAUGUGUCUCUAAUUUCUUUUUUUUUACUUUUAAUAGAGCACAUUUUGCUCUGAAGCCUAAUUAAAAUUGUGACCUUCACCCGCCCAGAGCCGGACGUGUACCUAAUGUGGUUUUACACUUCUGUCACUUCCUGUCCACACGUCUGAUCCCCCCCGUUUUUCCUGUGCUAAACUCAAAGAUCUAUAUAACGUUUUCUGUGUACAGUAAUCCCUCAUUUAUGGUAAUGGUUUUAUUUCAUUUGAACAUGCAUCAGAUUACAAUUGAAUGCAUCACAUAAUCAGUUCACAGUUCCACAUGUCCAAAAGGAGUAGGAAGAAGCAAAGCUUAUUAAAUCCUACCCCUCCAUCUGGUACUUUUACAAUCAGUAACUGUUACAUUUGUUCACUUCCUGCUUUCCAUAAUACAGUUUAGGGUUGUUUUGUUUUUGUUUUUUGUUUUAAAUAAUGCAUUGUCGUCUUUUAUCGCAAUUAUUUGGUUGGACCGGUCCCAAAAAAAAUAAAAUAAAUUUUUUUAAUUUUCUAAAAAUUUUUUUUUUACCAUUAUUAGAACCAUCCACAUAUGAACUAAUACAGUUAUAGCCACCUUUACACUCAUAUUACCCAAUAUGGUGGAUGUAAUCAGGGAAAUAUGUUUCAAUAAAUGUCAGGAUGUGUAGACAGGAAGUGACAUUGGGCGUUAAGUAUGUAAUUAUGAUCAUAAUGACUGUUUUUGAUUUUUUAUUUUAUUUACUAUUAUGGUAUUGUCUGUUGUGAAAUAAAUCUAGAAUAAUUAAAAGUCUGAUUGCUGA